AUGAUUGAGGAAAGUGGGAACAAGAGGAAGACCAUGGCAGAGAAGAGGCAGCUGUUCAUAGAAAUGCGUGCUCAGAAUUUUGAUGUCAUACGACUAUCAACCUAUAGAACAGCUUGCAAAUUACGAUUUGUACAAAAACGAUGUAACCUUCAUCUAGUUGAUAUCUGGAACAUGAUUGAAGCCUUCAGAGAUAAUGGCCUUAAUACACUGGACCAUAACACCGAGAUCAGCGUGUCCCGCCUUGAAACUAUCAUCUCAUCUAUCUACUAUCAGCUGAACAAACGCCUUCCUUCUACUCACCAGAUCAGUGUGGAACAGUCCAUCAGCCUCCUCCUUAACUUUAUGAUUGCUGCAUAUGACAGUGAGGGCCGAGGCAAGUUGACGGUAUUUUCAGUUAAAGCUAUGUUAGCAACCAUGUGUGGUGGAAAAAUGCUGGACAAACUAAGAUAUGUUUUCUCCCAGAUGUCAGAUUCCAAUGGCUUAUUGAUAUUUAGCAAGUUUGACCAGUUUCUGAAGGAAGUUCUGAAGCUCCCAACAGCUGUCUUUGAAGGGCCAUCAUUUGGUUACACAGAGCACUCAGUCCGCACCUGUUUUCCACAGCAGAAAAAGAUAAUGCUGAAUAUGUUUUUAGACACAAUGAUGGCAGACCCUCCUCCCCAGUGCCUUGUCUGGCUCUCUCUCAUGCACAGGCUUGCCCAUGUUGAGAAUGUCUUCCAUCCUGUGGAGUGUUCCUACUGCCGAUGUGAGAGUAUGAUGGGCUUCCGGUACCGAUGCCAGCAGUGCCACAACUACCAGCUCUGCCAAAACUGCUUUUGGCGUGGCCAUGCCAGUGGCCCUCACAGCAACCAACACCAGAUGAAGGAGCAUUCCUCUUGGAAAUCCCCUGCGAAGAAGCUGAGCCAUGCAAUUAGUAAAUCUUUGGGGUGCGUACCCACCAGAGAACCCCCACAUCCUGUUUUUCCUGAGCAACCAGAGAAACCACUUGACCUUGCACAUAUAGUUCCUCCUCGCCCUCUGACUAAUAUGAACGACACCAUGGUUAGCCACAUGUCCUCUGGAGUGCCCACGCCCACCAAGAGGUUACAGUAUAGCCAGGAUAUACCCAGUCACUUGGCCGAUGAGCAUGCGCUGAUAGCCUCCUAUGUGGCCCGUCUCCAGCACUGUGCACGUGUCCUGGACAGUCCAAGCCGACUGGAUGAGGAACACCGGCUUAUUGCUCGCUAUGCUGCCCGGCUAGCUGCAGAAGCAGGAAAUGUGGCCCGUCCUCCCACUGACUUGAGCUUUAACUUUGAUGCCAACAAACAACAAAGACAGCUUAUUGCAGAACUGGAAAACAAAAACAGAGAGAUCCUGCAAGAGAUUCAGCGUCUACGUCUGGAACAUGAGCAGGCCUCCCAACCCACUCCUGAGAAGGCCCAGCAGAAUCCCACAUUGCUGGCAGAGCUGCGGCUCCUGAGGCAAAGGAAGGAUGAGCUGGAGCAGAGAAUGUCAGCCCUACAGGAGAGCAGGCGGGAGCUAAUGGUCCAACUGGAAGGGCUAAUGAAGUUACUGAAGGAGGAAGAGCAGAAGCAGGCAGCUCAGGCCACAGGAUCACCACACACGUCACCCACUCACGGAAGCAGCCGCCCAAUGCCUAUGCCCGUGCGUUCCACAUCUGCUGGUUCUACCCCUACCCACUGCCCUCAGGACUCCCUGAGUGGGGUUGGGGGAGACGUGCAAGAGGCCUUUGCACAAGGUACAAGGAGAAACCUCCGCAAUGACCUGCUGGUGGCCGCUGACUCCAUCACCAACACCAUGUCAUCCCUGGUGAAGGAGCUCCAUUCAGCAGAGGAAGGUGCAGAGGAAGAAGAGGAGAAGAUGCAGAAUGGGAAAGACAGAGGUGCUAUCCCUGAGGGGAAGAAGGCAGGAGCCAGUGACUCUACUCAGCCACACUUCCCACACCUGCAUGUUUGGCAGCUGGACCUUGUGCUGUCAGGAGCCAGUGACUCUACCCAGCCAUAUCUGCCACCCCACUCACUGGGAGAGUGCCACCACACACUCCAGCACCCCUGGAUCCACAACAGACAGCAGCCUACACACACUUACCUGGCCUCAGCUGCUUUACGUGACCAGUGA